GUUUACAUCUCUCCAAAUCUCAGUUAGAGUCCUUCAUAACGCUGAAGAUGUGAUCCAAUAUUAGACUGUCAAAAAGCCUUGUUUCCUUUCGUGCUGGUUCCUGUAAGGAGUAAAAGUAUCAUGUCGAGAGAAAACCUACACAGGAGAGAGAAUUCCAAGUCUCGCACAUCAAUGCGAGAGAAGCUCGUGGAAAAACAGAAAGCAGUGGAUGAACAUGAGAGCAACUUUACAGCUGGUCGUGUCAAUGUGCGGGAGCGAUACCUCCACAGGACUGGAAUACGGGGAAGGAAAAGUUGGAUAUUCUUUGCUGUUUUAUACAUUCUGACUCUUAUUGUCAUUGUGAAUCUUGUGAUGCUUGCCAUCUUGUAUAAUGUCCUGCAAAUAAACAAGGGUGGAAUGAAGUGCUUAUCAUUUUUCAAGACGGGAAAUCUUCGUUUUACUUGUUCAAGUGAUAUGAACUCUGUAACUUUGUACAAGAAUCAAGCUGGAACUUUCAAAGACCACAAUCUGGUCUUAGAUACCGAGGACAAGCAGGUAAGCUGUGUUUAAGAAAAAUUCUUUGAAGAGACAUGAUAGCCUAAU